AUGGGAGUCGAAGGCUGCACCAAAUGCAUCAAGUACAUGCUUUUCUUCUUCAACUUCAUCUUUUGGCUUGCAGGAGGUGUAAUCCUGGGCGUGGCCCUGUGGUUGAGACACGACCCCAAGACCAGCAACCUGCUGGAGCUGGAAUUUGAUGGAACCCACGCCCCCAGCACCUUCUACAUCAAUUACAGCUAUCCUGAGGCAAAGACCUUCUCCCACACCCUCGGUUUCAGUUCCAGAUCCAUGAUAAACACACCCAGCCGCAUCAUGUCUGUGCCUACGGCCCCUCUGCGCUCCUCUGGUUUCUCCUCUCGCUCCGCUGUGGAAACCAGUUCCAGGGUGAGCCACAGAGGACCCAGCGUGGUCCACAGCAGUUUCCAGUCCUCCCAGACCCACAGCCGAAGCAAACGCUCAAAGUCACUCUGCCAGGCAGACCAGGAGGCCGUUCCUCUCACUGUGGUGGUCCCUCCAGAGACCGCCCCCUGCUCGAUCACUGUGCCUCCCCCCGGCACCCUGAGGCGCAGCCUCAGCGGGACGCUGGCUCCUGACAGGGGCUACUGGCAGGAGGAGGAGCCACCGUGUCAGUACACCUACAAAGGCCCCUCCCACCGCACCAUCAGCCGCAUCACCAACCGACAGCAGCAUUACCAGCAGCAGAGCUCCGCCUUCGGACAGGAGGGCUGGGCGGGGACCCUCAGGGCGGUCCCCAUAGCAGGGGACGGCUGGGGGACACAGUGGCAGCAGCAUGUGUCCAGAGCCAACCAUACGCUGGGGACAGGGCAGCACCAAGCCUCCCUCCACCGGGCCGCCUCGCUCCGCAGUUUGAGGAGCGUCGGGAAAGGAGUGGAUGUGUUGGAUGGAGCGUCGAUACACAGCAAUGACCCGCUGGAGAAUUUGCAGAGUCUGGACAUGCCUACAGCUGUCAGAUAUCUGUCUGAGUCAGACACCGCCUUGCAGAUUCUGGGAGCUUCAUACAUUCAACAUCAGUGUUACCAUAGCAACGAUGCUAAAAACCAGGUCCGCGCUCUGCAUGGCGUUCCUGCUCUCGUUGAGCUUUUCUCCAGCGACAACCAAGACGUGCAGCGUUAUGCCACAGGCGCCACACGUAACCUGAUCUACGAGAAUGCUGAAAACAAGGUGGCGCUCAUCGAUGCCGGUGGAGUGAUGCGGCUCGUCGGCAUCCUGAGCAAACACGACGAGGAGCUCCGAAAGACCAUCACAGGUGUCCUGUGGAAUCUGUCCUCCAGAGACAACCUGAAGGAGAAACUGUCCAAAGAAGCUUUAUCAGAGCUGACUGAGAAAGUACUGGUUCCUCUGUGCAGCAGCUUCCCACUGAGCCCGUCUGAGCGAGACAUCUUCUACAACACCAGCGGCUGCCUCAGGAACUUGAGUUCAGUGAAUGAGAGGACGAGACAGAAGAUGAGAGACAUGCGAGGCCUGGUGGACUCCCUGGUGUCCUACAUUCAACAGGAGGACCGGGCAGAUGACAAGGGUUUGGAGAAUUGUUUGUGUGUGAUGAGGAAUCUGUCGUACCAGCUGUACACGGAGCUUCCUCCCUCCGUCCGUCUGCGUCUGGAGGGCCAAACGAGAGCUUCCGCCUCCAGGGAGAGUGACGCCAUCGGCUGCUUUACUCUGUACAACAAAAAAAACAAUGAGCGAAACCAGAAUCUGUCCAUUCUGUCGGAGGUGUCCCGACAACCUAAGGGGGCAGAGUGGCUUUGGCACCCUCAGGUGGUGGGACUGUACAAGCAUGUUCUGCAGAACAGCGACAGCAGCUCCACCAGCCGCGAAGCUGCCAUCGGAGCGCUGCAAAAUAUCACUGCAGGAGAAGGCAGGUGGCCAUCAGUGCUGAGUAAUGUGGUGGUGGAGCAGGAGAGGAUGCUGCCCAUCCUGCUGGAUCUGUUAGACACCAACAGUGACGUGGAGCUGAGGCCUCUGACCGGCCUGCUGAGAAAUCUGGCCAGACACUCCACCAACAAAGACCACAUCGCUAAAAACAUGGUGAACAUACUGGUGUCCAAGCUUCCCAGUGAUGGCCUUCAGAAAACGCCAUCCAGCGAGGUGGUGGUCAACAUCUGUGGAGCCCUCAAUCACCUGGUCACCUGCAGUUCCCUGGCAGCCCGUGACAUCUCAUACUUCAACGGCCUGCCGAAACUGGUGGGCAUCAAGACAUCUCAUGAUAACAGCCCCGGGAGUCUGAAAGCUGCCAGAGCGGCCUCAACUGUCCUCUGCAACAUGUUCCAGUACAACAAACUACACAAAGACUACAAACUGAAAGGAUUUGCCAGACGAGACUUCACAGAUGUCACCAUCUAGGCUGCAGCACGUUACACGAUUCGUUCUGAGCUUCAGGAUGGAGGUUGCUUUGAGGAAGACGAGGAGCAUCAGAGUGAUUUAAUGAGCAGAUUUUCUGACUGUGAUGGACCAACAGGAAGUGAAACAUGGACCGGAGCCGAUCGAACGAUGGACGUAAAGUUCGUCCUCUUUCAGGUGGCUGCGUGUUUGACAUGGCUUUCAGAAGAGAGCCAGCAGUGAUGACGGGAACUCGAUGGUUUCCACACAUACAGUGGACUUCACCCCCGAAACUACCGUGCUCUGUGUGUUUUAGGGUUUGACUGAUGACUAACGGUGCUGAUAGCUGAUGCGUGAUGAUGCCCGCAUUAGAGAGAGACAGAUAAGUGCCUUGUAAUGUUUAGUUCAUGGUUAGAUAGAUACUGACUGACCCGCCGUGUCACUUUAGUCCAGACUGGAACGUCUUGACGAUUAUUGGAUGAAUUUCAGUGUUGCCAGAUUGGAAAUGUUAAACCACCAGAGGCUCAAAAUUAUUGCAUUUUGAGAAAAACUUUCGUACGCCGGUCACAAUCAUGACAACGAAUAGGUUAAAUUUAUAACUUUAGUAAACGCGUAUUUAAACGAAUUUUGACUACAAAUCUACCCACCGCCUCAGAGAGAAGCUAUUUCAGUCUGUAAGGCUUAACCCACAGCUGACGUCAGGUGUUUUUGUCCAGCAUGCUGGCGUAGCGUUGGCUGUGAGGAGAUCAUGUGAGAAGUGACACGGAAACACAGAUGUAGGAGCCAGAAAAUGAAUGAAAAUGAAAUGUGUGAACUAAACUAAGUGCCUAUUGUAAGUGUCGCAAUGGUCAAAUUGUCGUACAUUACGGCGAUUUUGGAAGUUUUGAUCGCACAGAGGGCAAAAUUAUCGUAUAAAUACGAUAAUUAUCGUGCAUCUGGCAACACUGAUGGAUUCCCAGAUUCCAGGCCUGAAUUAUUAACCCAGAUUCCUGACUUUGUGACUGAAAAUUUUUCACUCGUCCUAAACUUUUCCUGCAAAACUGGAGACAUUCCCAUCAGGCUCAGCUGUACCGUGUUUAGCGCUAACCAGCAAAUGUUAGCAUACUAACACGCUAAUCUAAGGGUGCUUUCACACCUGUAGUUCAUUCAUUUGGUCCAGACCAGGUGGAAAAAAUGAUAAUUGUUGCAUUUUAGUUAUGAUUUGGUUCCUGCGCACACAGAUUUUUUUCCAAACAAACCAAGAGGAGAAAUCGUGAGGUUCUAGCGUUUUGGCGUUUGUCAUCCCGCAUCAUCAGGACCCACGUGGGGAAAUCAAUGACAGGUGACUGACAGACGAUUAUCCAGAAGCAUUUUAAUGCUUAUAGAGUGUUUAUCUUUAUGUUCUUUGGUGUCACAAUAAGUGACACCAAAGAAAUAAAGAAAUAACUAAUUGUAAGCACUAUAAGUCGGCUAUUAUUGGACUGCAAAUUGAUCGCAUGUUAUCUGGCCAUGUGGGUGCACUGAGACCCUGCAUUGCUUUGCUGUGAUGCACACACAUAACAAAAAAAUAAAUCAUAAAACUUUAUAAACUCUGCAUAUAUUUUCCACUUAGGGCUGGGCGAUAUGGCCUUAAAAUAAAAUGUGUGAUUUCUUUUUUUUCACACUAAACUGGAUUUACGAUUUUAGAUGAUUUUUUUCUCUCAUAAAAACAAACUACAAGUGACAAAGAAAUUACCCAGAACAAAAUUUGCUUUGACUUUAGCAAUAAAAAUUAACUAAAGGCAAACUGAAAAAUGUAGAGGGCCGCACGUCAGUUUUGCAUCUGAAACAGUGGCGUAUUGAAAGCGACCAAUUCUGAAAUCAUACAACCGUCGUUCGACAUUAGUUCCAUCUUAACAAAUAAUGUUAUUGGCUGUUUUCAAAUUACUGGAGUUCUGUUGUUGUGGAGUUAAACGAUCGCCUCCUGCUCUCGUCUUUUCACAUGUACACUUGUACAGAUGAGGCAGGGUGACUUCAACAAAGUACUUGCGGCGUGGUAGCACAUGCCUGGGUGGAUAGUUUUCAGCAUGUGGAUAAACCCAGGCUUUUCCACUGUUUAACCGUAUCGUUCGUGAUGUGCACUGCGAUUGCAUCACUGUUUGUGGGCUGACGGUUUCGUGCGUCUCGGUGUGAGACACACUGCUGCCCUUUAGUUGCAACAGCCUUUAAACAAACUUUGCAGCGGACUGUAGUGUAUUUGAGAUCUGGCAAAGCAAAACCGAACCAGACGGCACCUUUUUUGGGAAUGUACUCAACGUUAUCAUUAACGCUUGCUGUCAUGUUGUCCUCUGUGUGUAUCUCUAGGAGGUAGAGGCGGAGGGAGGGCGCUGCCCAAACAGAGCGACUGAGGAAGUUGAAGAGAAAAUCUAGGUUUGAAUUUUAAAAAUCAAAAUAAAUCAUACAUUAAAAGCAAUUAAAUUAAGAAUGAUAUAUCGAUUUAUCGCCCAGCCCUAUUACCACUACAGAACAUUUUUUAGCAGCUGCUUUACAGAGGCACGCGUCUGCAUUACCUGCGACCAGGACCACGUUAAUCAGGUUUUUAUUUGACGGCUGCAGAGCGAGUUCUGCAGUGAUACUGAUAACAGACCAGUAAGACGUUCCUGUCCUACUGUUGAACGCAGAUAUGUUUUAAUAACCUUAAAUUUUUUUAAAAACUUGGCUCAGCAUCUGUCUGUAUUUAUAAUUGUAAUACUUACGUAGAGGAACCGAACAGCGUAGGUGUGAAAGCACCCUAAGAAGAUGAGCAUGCUGAACGUCAUCUGCUAAACAUCACCGUGUUAGUGUUGUCAUGGUGAGCGUGUUUGCAUGCUGACAUUUGCAUUUAAAUUCCUAUGUACAUAACAGCUUAAAAAAGUAGCGAGCAUGACUGUUUAACAAAUUCAGAUGUUUUUUCUUUCUUUCAGAUGUUAACCGACAAACUUCUGUGUAGAAAAUUUCAUUAAAGAAGUAUUUCAUUGUGGAAA